UGUAUGAUAAUGAAAAUGGCCCCCUUUUUUCAGCAUCACUGCAGGAAUUGUGGAGAUAUUUUUUGUGACAAGUGCACCCAAGGCAGGACUGCUCUUACAGCUGAUGACAAUGCUCCAGUUGUUCGAGUUUGUGACAGAUGCUUGGCUGAAGUUUCUCGUAGGUUGAGCACUGCUAAAGAUUCUUCUGUCAGCGGAUCAACUGGAUUGCCAAGUCAUGAGGAUCUUGCAAAAAAGCUUCAGGAGGAGAUGGAAAGAAACCGCAAGGCGUCAUCGGGUAAAUUUUAGUGCUGAACUGCGUAAUCUUGUUCCAGUUUGUGGCAUUUACGUAUUUGUAGUGCAUAUGUUUGUGCUUUCGUUUCUAGAAAAAUUGUUUCUAGAAAAAUUGUUCGGCAUUUUUUUUUUCUUUUUUGUCUUUUAAGGGACUUGGCUAUUUCCAAAUAAAAUCCAGUUUGUGCUUGUCUAGGGGUGUUUCUCUUUGAGCAGUUGAUCUCAUUUGUACUUGGUUUCUCCUCUCUUGGUUUGUUUUUUUGUUUUUUGU